AUGUCAGCCAGAAAGGGCUAUCUGCUCCCUUCGCCAAAUUAUUCCACAACAAUGUCAUGCUCCGAGAGCCCGGCUGCAAACUCUUUUUUGGUAGACUCCCUGAUCAGCUCGGGCAGAGGGGAAGCGGCGGGAGCAGGAGGCGGAGGCGGAGGCGGAGGCGGCUACUAUCCCAACAGUGGUAUCUACCUGCCACAGGCGUCCGAUCUGUCCUACGGACUGCAAAGCUGCGGACUUUUCCCCGUUCUGGGCAAACGCAAUGAAGGUACUUCUCAAAGCAUGGUCCCCAACUCGCACUCCUACGUGUCAGGGAUGGAAGUGUGGCUAGAUCCUCCCCGGUCCUGUCGCAUGGAAGAGCCGGAGAGCCAGCAGGCCACCUCGUGCUCCUUCGCUACAAGCAUUAAGGAGGAGAGCUCCUACUGCCUCUAUGACUCAGAGAAAUGCCCCAAGGGCUCGGCCGCCACAGACCUCGCUCCCUUCCCCCGGCUGAGUGCCGAGGUCAGCCCAGCCAGCAGCGGCGGCGGGGUCCCCGUCCCGGGCUACUUCCGCCUCUCCCAGGCUUAUGGCACUUCCAAGAACUACGGCGCGGGGCCAGCCGGGGCUGCCCCUUUCCCUCCGCAGCCCCCCGGCCGCUUCCAGACGCCUCCAUCUUUGCCUCCCGUCCCGGACUCGGGCAGGAAGGAGGAUGAGGAACGCUCCCCAAGCCCCUUGGCGUGCGUCUCCCAGAGGGAGGACGAGACUCAGGCUUCAUCUUCCACCGCAGAGGAGCUCUCUCCUGCUCCGUCAGAGAGCAGCAAAGCUUCUCCAGAGAAAGAGCCUGUAGGCAAUUCAAAAGGAGAAAAUGCAGCAAACUGGCUCACGGCAAAAAGUGGCAGAAAGAAACGAUGCCCCUAUACCAAGCAUCAAACUCUCGAGCUGGAAAAGGAGUUUCUAUUCAAUAUGUACCUGACUCGUGAGCGUCGCCUAGAGAUCAGCCGCACAGUCCACCUCACAGACAGACAAGUUAAAAUCUGGUUUCAGAACCGCAGAAUGAAACUGAAGAAAAUGAACAGAGAGAAUAGGAUUCGUGAGCUCACAGCCAACUUUAAUUUCUCUUGAUGAACCUAUAAACACAUCUUUAUGGUUUAAAGAGCCAGUAUCAUUUUCCUAGGCUGUAUUCAUCUGCACCUGUAUGGAUUAACGAUUUUAGGCGCUCUCAAUAUGUCCUUAACCUCUUAAGAGCUACUUUGGGGGGUUGGCGGACUAAAGUCACGCUAAAGCACAAAAUGCCGUGUGUGAACCUCCCCUCUUCCUCCAGCCUUUCCCGGGGCCAAAUUGUUCCUCUAAGCUUUGAAACACAAAAACACCAUUUCAAGACGUACAAAUACGUUUCUCCCUAUCUGUCUCUCUGAAAAGUAAACAAUCCUGGUUAAAGGUGCGUUCUUUUAAAAUAUAAGUGCUGUAACUCGGACUGUACGUAGCUGCACAAUUAAGAAUUUAAGCGUUGCCAUAUUUCUAUAUACUGGGAGCUUUCCCCUUCUCUGUUUGCCUUUUCUCCCCCUCCCCCUUUUUUCCUUCGAAAAGCGGGGCUUAAAAUAAUGAAAUGCAGGCAUCCUUUAAAAGGGUUUCACGGGAACGGGUGUUAGGAGUAAUUUUUUAUUUUUUUUUUUUACACUUUACCUUAAAAGCCAAUAUUGCAGCUUUAAAUUUGGCCAGGAAAAUGAAAUAUCUUCUCUUUAAAGGUAUAAAAGAUUUCGUUUUACUCAUGGACUAAAUUAUUAUACUUACCUCUGAAUUUCUCUCGCUGGUUGUAGAUAUUUACUUAAUGUAGUUUUGCUUAAAUAUGUGAAUUUGGUGAUUUUCUUUUGUGUCUAUAUAUAACGUUACCAUUGGUAACGCAUGACAAGCACACAGAAAUUCCCCCUUUAAAAGAAAAUAGUCACUUUUUUCUCACUAAUUUCACUGAAAGUAUAUAUCCUGAACAUCAGAUGGACUUUCUGAGCCAGAGUCUGAGAUUGCAAGGGAGAAUAUGUUCGUCUUCCUUUAUACUGUGAAGUUACAUUCAUUAAAGGGUCAAACAUAUAGGUGAAAAAACUUAAAAAUAAAA